UGCAAGAGCAGUCAGUGCUCUUCUUAGCCACUGAGCCAUCUCUGGAUACCCAAACUGUGUUUAUUCUAUAGUGUACUUUCACUGCGUGUUCUUUAAUACUGUUGUAAGAAGGCAUUAUCUUCUUUCUGACACUAACUCUACUUUGUCUUACUAAGGGUUGUGUACACAGAAGGGUGUGGUGGAUAAUUCCAGCACUCAGGAGGCGGAGGCAGAGGGACCACUGCGAGUUUGAGCCUGGCCUGGGCUACAAUAGUGAGCUUCAUAGCUCAUAAUUGCAAUAUGGCUCAGAGUGACUUCCUGUACCCGGAAAACCCAAAGAGGAGGCAGGAAGUAAACCGCCUUCACCAGCAGCUCCUUGACUGCCUAUCUGACAGUUUCCAGGCCACCAACAGGCUGACAGGGGUUCUAAACAUCCACCUGGGGUGCAGCCUGGCCUCCAUUGAAAUGAAACGAGAUGGAACCAUCAAAGAAAAUUGUGACAUCAUCAUCCAAGCCAUAAAGAAAAUCCAGAAGGAACUCCAAGAGGUUGAUGAUGCCUUGAAAGAUAAACUAGAGCCAACCCUCUACAGAAAGCUUCAGGACAUUAAGGAAAGAGAAACAGAGAAAAUUGCAAUAGUGCAGAAGGUCAUUGCCGUCAUCCUGGGAGAAGCCACAUCUGCAGCCAGUGCGGUGGCUGUUAAACUCGUGGGCUCCAAUAUCACAACUGGCAUAAUUAACAAGUUGGUCACCGUGUUAGCUCAAAUCGGAGCCUCUCUCCUUGGGAGUAUCGGAGUUGCUGUUCUUGGUCUUGGCCUAGAUAUGAUCAUCCGUGCCAUAUUGGGGGCAGUGGAGAAAACGCAGCUUCAAGCAGCCAUCAAAAGUUAUGAGACACAUCUGAUGGAGUUCAAGUCAGCCUCAGAAAAGUACCAUCAUGCCAUCACCGAGGUUACCAACACAGUGAAACGCCAGAUGAGAUGAGCAGUUGUUUUAUUUGCCAGUGGAAUAGUCUGUGCCUCCCUGUCAAUAAUGGUGUUUCUCCCACUAAGUGCAUGUUCCAUAUGCUUCAACAUGGACAAACAAUUCCAAACAAUUGGAAAGGAGAUUUACAAAUGAUAAACUUGGAUGACUGGGUUCAAUAGCAACAGUGAGUACCUGAGUCACUUGGUACUAGACCCUGGAGAGAUAAAGGACUAUCCCAGGAAGGUUUCUUAUCCUGUUCUACCAGAACCUCACUGGUUAAAUGCUAUCAUAGAGCUGCAGGUAUAUGUUUUUUGUUUUUUCUUCUCUAAUUUCCAGUCCAAAUCCUUAACAUUCCCACCAAAUGUAGAGACUUUGCUUUCUAUCACCAACUUCAAACAUCACUUAGGUCUGAUGAGUGGCAUUCAGUAAGUCUCGCUGGACACACCUGUAACAUUCUAAUGAAACAGAAGUACUUCCCUAGUUUUAACAUUAGAUUAAAUCCAAGUCUGUAACAGGAAAAGGCUCAAAAAAAAGUAACAGUUUGCUUCAAAAAUGAAAGGAAGCAGUGUACCUGGAACUUCUACUAACUGCUACAUGUGUCUGGAUGGAUUGGACAAAGGAUAAAAUAAAACAUCUGAUUCCA